CAGCUUCCUCAAUGAAGGUCUCCUGUUUAUCCGUGAUUUGUCUCAUCGUGGGCGUUCACGGGUCGAAAAGAAAUGGAGAUGGAGCUCUUAUUUCAAGAAGCAUCUCAGGUAGACGAAGCUUCAUUACACUCAAAUGCCCUUCCGGUCAUGUGUUCUCAAAUGUGAAGUUCAGACUUGAUUCCAAUACCUCAAAUACCAUCUCAAAGGGCAGUAAAUGUUGGAGGAGAAGCUUGAAGGCCCAGAGAAUGUGCCGGUGGAAGCGAAAAUGUAGGAUAGACACCAAGAUCAGAACAGGCGACUGUAAAGCCUCCGCAAUUCAGCUAUCUAAUCUUCAAUGCAUCCCAGAAGAUUCUGUAAUGGCUAUCUGCCGAUCAGACAAUGGUGCUGUCUGGAUAACUAAUUUUGGUCGCCUUAAAACAGUUCAAGUGAAGGGAAAAUGUAGAAAAUUCAGAAGACAUAGGGCCACAUUCAGAAAUCGUCGAAACGCAAAAAACAGAAAAUCGCAUGUUGAGGGUGUAGUGACCCAGGAAAGGGGAAUAGUCCGAGAUCGUGUUGGAUGGCAGAAAAAAAUCUACCGUUUUUCUUGUCCAAAGAAUUCUCUUAUUUAUUCUCUUGACAUCCAUAUGUCUAACCUUCGACUGUCAAAAAGGUCGACUCGAUUAUGCAAAGGAAUCUCCCCACAACUGUUGGUGCAAAAGAAUAACUGUUUCUGGAAGAGGUCCUGCACUGUCAGCUGGGAUGCACCCCAAAUAUUUGCUAUUUCCAAUGGCGUAGGAUGUACAGGAAAACAAGCACCACUUUUUAUUACAAAGGGACACGAGUGUAUUCCGAAAAAGAAAAUCCAUGAUAUUUGUGGCAAACGUGAAGUAAAUGGCAGAAAUGGUAUUCUUAGAAGUCAUGACGAUUAUCCCUGGAAUUAUAGACCCAAACAACAGACCUGUAAAACGCUCAUCAAGAUUCAUCGAGAAGGGAGCCUGUACCUCCGUAUUCAUGACCUUGAUGUAGAUUUCUCACAUGAUAAAUUUAGCAUCACGCAUGUGCGGGGCAACGUCACGUGCACCUUAAGACAGUCUUCUGCAGAAAAAGGCGUUUGGCUCUAUGGUGGACAAUUGACUAUUUUGUUCACAGUCAGAGACAGGUCAAAAUCUGGCAGGGGAUUCAUCAUAUCUUACAAAAACGUGAAAACAAGGUUACCCCAUUCACCAGAGGAAAUGAGCAUGUGUGCUAAGAUUUACAGACAUUAGAACUUCAUAUUUUUUCCCAAGUAAUUGUAGCGCACAAAAUAAUUUACUUAAAAGGUGUAAAUACGAGUCAUUGAUUACUAGUCACUUAUAAAAUGCA